UAGGUGUCAUCUCAGGAUGUACAGUGUACCUGGCCGCCCUGCGAGAAACAUCCAAGUUUCAAUUCCCCCCUUCAACUCUGAUGAUAAAGCUGAACAACGGUUUGUCAUUACCCCCACCGCGCUCGGCCUCUCUGCGUCACCCACUUAGCCGAUCGUCACAUUUUCUGUAUAUAUAUAUUCAUGGACCAUCUCCGGAAUGGGGCAAAUAUCGGUCCAGCAAAUAAGAAUCUUUUUGAGCAGGGGCUUUGGUGUUUGUUGAGCUCGAGCUGGCUAUGGCGAUCAAGGAGUCGUCUUUUGAGAGUUCGGUAGCAACUCCAGUGAGGGUCAGUGAGAUCACCGAAUGUGGUGAUGAGAACGAGAAUGUCCGGAGCUCUGCGUUGAUUCAGGAGCUACGGAGGAGAGGGGGUUUGAAAGAAGCCGUCGGAAAUGCGGAUGCGGUGGACUCCUCCGUGAUUUCGGUGGAGGCGGCUGAGGAUAGGAGUGAGAUCGUAAGCGUCGAUGGAGGGUUGGAGUCGCAGAGGAAAUCUGGGGAAGAGAGCGGUGAUAAGCAGGUUGCUGGUGGCGGCGGAAGCAGAGGAGCAGAUGAUGAUGCUACGUCGUUUAAGUACUCGUUUAAGGCUUCUUCAGAUGUUCACCGUCAAAUUAAGGAGAGCCCUCUCAGCUCCGACGCCAUUUUUAGACAGAGCCAUGCAGGUCUCGUCAAUCUGUGUAUUAUUGUGCUUGUUUCUGUAAACAGCAGGCUGAUCAUUGAGAAUCUUAUGAAGUAUGGACUGUUAAUUAGGAUGGGAUGUUGGUUUAGUUCAAAAUCCUUGAGGGACUGGCCAGUUCUAAUGUGCGGCCUCAGUCUAGUGAUUUUUCCAAUUGCUGCUUUUCUUGUUGAAAAACUUGUCCAGAGGAAGUACAUAACUGAUCCAGUUGCAGUCACUUCACAUAUACUAAUUACAACUGCUACCAUUGUAUAUCCGAUACUUGUCAUUCUAUGGUGUGAUUCUGCUAUUAUAUCGGGUGUUGCAUUGAUGCUUUUGACUUGCACCGUAUGGCUAAAGUUGGUUUCCUAUGCUCAUACAAACUAUGAUAUGAGAGCACUCUCGAAGUCUUUUCAUGAGGUUGAAUCUUCUAACUUGGAUUGCCCUUAUGAGGUUAGCUUCAAAAGCUUAAUGUACUUCAUGGUUGCUCCAACGCUAUGUUAUCAGUUGUGUUAUCCUCGCAAUAGUUGCAUUCGUAAGGGUUGGCUGGUAAACCAGUUUUUGAAGUUGAUAUUGUUUACAGGACUGAUGGGAUUUAUUAUAGAACAGUAUAUUAACCCAAUUGUGCAAAACUCACAACACCCCUUGAAAGGAAACCUUUUAAAUGCUGUAGAGAGGGUCUUGAAGCUUUCAGUUCCCAAUUUAUACGUCUGGCUCUGCAUGUUCUAUUGCUUCUUUCAUCUUUGGCUAAAUAUACUUGCAGAGCUCUUGCGGUUCGGUGAUCGUGAAUUUUACAAAGAUUGGUGGAAUGCCAGAACAAUUGAUGAGUACUGGAGAAUGUGGAAUAUGCCUGUUCACAAGUGGAUUGUUCGCCAUAUCUAUUUUCCCUGCAUAAGACGUGGCGCACCAAAGGGAGUGGCGGUUUUGAUUUCCUUUUUCAUAUCUGCUUUCUUCCAUGAGCUUUGUAUAGCCGUACCCUGCCGGAUGUUCAAGUGUUGGGCAUUCAUCGGAAUAAUGUUCCAGGUUCCGCUGGUCAUCCUUACUAACUUCUUGCAGAACAAGUACAGGAGUUCAGUGGUAGGGAAUAUGAUAUUUUGGUGUUUCUUCAGCAUCUUUGGGCAGCCCAUGUGUGUGCUGCUUUAUUAUCAUGACCUGAUGAACAGGAUGCAGGGAAUAGAGUAGAGUUUUUUUUCAGCUAGGCAUUGUAGAUCAGUUAGCCUUUUUACAUUAUUUUUUUUGCAAAUUAACCCUCUCUGUACUAUGCAUAGCAUAUGAGGGUUUCUGUUGUUCUAUCUUCUGUACAUUGGCUCACCAUAGUGGGCGUUUUGUAUUUGGGCUCACGAUAUGUGGGCGGUCGGUUGAUACUUUAGCUCGUGUAAUUAUAUAAAUAUAUGUGCAUGGUCGGAACUUAAAGGUCAAAAAGAAGAUGGUCGAAACUUAAAGGUCAAAAUCAAAUCAACUUCUUAGACCCAAAACUGCAACCUUAAUAAACCAACAAAGUCGACCUUUAGGCUGCAGUUUUGUGCUUUGGGUAUUUUACACUGCAUGACAAUAGCACACAAAUUGCGCACGGCAAAUGCACAGUACUUGCACGGCAAUUGAAUACGGUUGCAGCAAAGCAAAUAAUGUUAUAUAGAUAUAAAAUCAGAAACAUUUCAUUUUUUGGAUUAAAAAUGUCUAGAUUUUUUCAUUCGUUAGCAUGAAUUAUUAAUGUUGAUUGUUAGAUGAUAUUGAAGAUAAAGCUAAUUUUAUUUAUGAAUUAGUUUAAACUGUUAUGUGUGAUGGUGAAAAGGUAGCCUUAUAAUGUUUUUCACACAAACUCAAAACUAAAUUUAUAGCUAAUGCUACCGAGUGAAGAAAAACCUGGCUGUGACUUGAUGAACUUCAGAGCCUCAUGGGUAAUUGUGCUUAAUGACUUGAUGAACUUCUUAUCCACGGACUGAUAUUCAAUAUUCAUUUCUUGGUGCAGGGAGUGGCGGUUUUGAUUUCUUUUUUCAUAUCUGCUUUUUCCAUGAGCUCUGUAUCGCUGUACCCUGUCGGAUGUUCAAGUGUUGGGCAUUCAUCGGAAUAAUGUUCCAGGUGGGAAAUAUGAUAUUUUGGUGCUUCUUCAGCAUCUUUGGGCAGCCCAUGUGUGUGCUGCUUUAUUAUCAUGACCUGAUGAACAGAAUGCAGGGAAAAGAGUAGAGUUUUUUUCAGCUAGGCAUUGUAGAUCAGUUAGCCUUUUUUACAUUAUUUUUUUUGCAAAUUAACCCUCUCUGUACUAUGCUUUGCAUAUGAGGGUUUCUGUUGUUCCAUCUUAUGUACAUUGGCUCACCAUAGUGGGCGUUUUGUAUUUUGGCUCGCAAUAUGUGAGCGGUUGGUCGGUACUUUAGCUCGUGUAAUUAUAUAAAUAUGUGCAUGGCUAGUUAGACGCA